AUGCAUUCCCUCAGCGCUUUCGCCGCGGGACAGUGCGCCCCGACUGUGGCUUCCUCAUCCACAUCGACUGCUUCCGCUGUGUGCCCUUCGGCGCAGCACAGGACUGACGCCUUCUCUUCCCCUGCUCCCUUGCCUUCUGGCUCCACAGGACGCGCGGACGCCAUCGAAGCGUGCAGGCGCGGCGCCCCUCCGGAUGCCUCCCUCGGCUUCCUUGCCCCCUGGGCCACGCCGGAGACUCGCCGGCGGGCUGCGACGGUUGGGCUCGGCGCGGGUCACCGACCCCGGGAGAGGGCAAGGCACCAGGGGGCGGGGGUGGGAGGCGGCGCGCCGCCGUCCGCGAGCGAGGCCCUCGCCAUGCAGACGUUGGUCGCGUGGGAGACUGUGCGGGAGGCGUAUGCAGGGUUUGAGGCAGAACUCGCAGGCUGGACGGAGGCGUUUUCAACUCUGACUCGCACGCAUCUCGCCCCUCUGUUCGUCCCGGGCGCAGCGCCAGAUGGGCCUACAGAGCAGGCGCUCCCGCGCACGCCGCACCACCACGCCGUGGUUCAGUGCGUCCGAGGACCCUUCGCAGGCCGGUUCUUCUACGUCAACAAAGGCAGGAAAGGCGACAUCCUGGGCGGCGGAAAAGGCAAUCGAGAGGUGACGAUGUACAUCGAGCACGCAGGCCUCAGCGAAGCGCAUGCGCAGCUCGUCGAGGACGCUGGAGACAACGCGACACGCAAGGAAAACACCCUCGUCCUCAUCGAUCUCCACAGCGAAAACGGAACUUGGGUUCGCCUGCGCUGGGACCUCCCGAUCCCAGUCUGCUCGGAGCCGGGGCUGGCUGUCUCCCCUCCCCCUCUGCUUCGCGGCAAACGCUGCCUCGCAGCGCUCGCGAAGCGGCGCAGCGGCGACUUCUCCUCUUCUGGAUCUUCUUCCUCGCCUCUCCUCCCUGCAGCUGCUGCUCCAUCCGUGCUUCCGCCGCGCGCGCAUGCCUCGGCCUCCCUGGCGCACCGUGGACAGACGCCGAGGCGCUGCGACGAGCCGCCGGCGUCUCCUGCGAACGGCUGUGUAACCCACGCGGGAGACGAAGGAGUCCUGCCGCGUCCGCGACCGCAAGGCGGCGCGACCUCGGACUCCUACCAGGUUCUUCACUUCGAGGGCACGCUGCUGCGACUCAGUCGAGGCGAUCCCCUUUCUCCGCUGGAGGCCUUCGAUGAAUUUCUGAAAGCUUUCGAGCUAUCUCAUCUGGAAAGAGAAAUUCUCCGGGGGCUGCAGCAGCAGUGCCGGUGCCACGAGAAUACGGUGCAGCCCUCGGGGCGCGCCUCUUGCAGUUUUUCAGCUCCCUCUUCGGAGUCUGCUUCUCCGCCUUCGUCGCUGUCCUCUCCUUCAUCGCUGCCAUCUCCUUCAUCUGCGUCGGCGGUUGACACGUCUGUCUCGUCGGCUCUCCCGUGGCCUGAGUGCCCGAAACACGUACGGCGCCCAGAGGAGACGCUGUUGUGGACGGCGGAGAGGGGUCGCUCAGGUGUGAGUCUCGACGGGACGGGAUCGCAGCCUCCUGACCCUCUCUUCUCGAGAAAUCAGGGCUUGUCUCGUCUGCUGCACGACGCAGACGCAGAGUUGUCUCCUUCGUCUCCGCGCUCACCUUGCUUCUUGUCGCGCACGGGCGCAUGCAGGUGCCUGAGGAAUCCACUCGUCCGCCUCGCCGAGCUGAGUCCUGACUGCAUCCUCUCGUCGCCGCGUCCAGCAUGCCGGCAAGGGGAGGCGGCAGAACAAUCUGAAGCCAAUGCCGACGCGCACGGCUCAUCUUUUCCAUCGAUUCUUGCUUCUCAGCUCCCCCCUGUGGCCUCCUCCCCUUCUCGGCGUCUGUCUUCAUCGUCGCCCUCGUUGGCGGUCUCUGCGGUGUCCCUGCCCGGAUCUUCACCCGCAAGCCCUUCGAAGCGAGGCCAAAUCACCUUUUCAGCGGCAGCCGCGACGACGCAGUGGGCGAGCCAGGAGGGUGCCCCCGACGAGGUCAGCAGACGACACAGCACUGCGGAAGACCGAAGCAUGCCCUACGCAGGGGACGAGGGAGAGCGAUGCGGCGACAACACGCCCUCGUGCGAAAGAAUCGAUGACCCCUGGAGCUGCGGAGGGGACUCCAAGGACCUCGCGAGUGAAGAUGAGGCGACUGCCGAGGUUUUCAGGGGCGCCGCAGCCGAGCCGCCGGUUGUGCCGGCGCGCCCUUCAUCCUGCUCACCCGCUUGCCAACUGACUGUCCCCCCUGGCUCCACCCGCGACGGCCGUGGAGGCGGGUGCGACGGAGACGAAGAGGAGGCCGGCGAGGACCAAGGGGCGAGAACAGAACUGAGUCACGAAGAUCUGGCCAAGUGGCAGCUCGCGUGUCAAGAGUUGCCGCGUUUCUACCUCCCUCUCGAGGUGAAGAGUCGUCCGUUGGAGAUCUUUGACCUGGCCUCAGGCGCCUUCCUGGGGCGAGUUGGCUGGUCUGGCGCCUGCCUUCUUCCCUCUUCGUCGUGCUGCCCCUCGGCGUCUCCCUCCACACCCUCUGCGUCAUCGCCUUCCCUGACUCCCUGUCCCCCCUCGACGCUUCUGGGCCCCCGCCCGCAUCAGGCUGCCGCUGCGUCGACCUCGACGCGGUCUCCCGCAGCGUCGCGUUUCCCCCACACAUCAUCUCACUCGAGUUCAGUCACGACUUGGUCUUCGUCGCUUGCUGACGCGGCGGCUGUCGGUUCCGCACCUCUCAUGCUUCCCCUUUCGGCGCCUUCUCCGGAGAGCUUCACGAAAGGCGAGCUCGCGGAGCACGCAGCCGCAGAAGACGCGCAUCUGCUUCCGCUUAAGGCGUCUCCCGCGCCUCCGGCUUGCCAGUUUUCUCCCUCGAAGAACGUCUCAAGCUCGCUCUUCCAAGCGCUGCUGGCAGAGGGACCGACGGAUGCAGCGGCUGGCGCGGCGGCCGCUCCCUCGCCUCUCUCCGCCGGCGAGCGAGAGGACCCGAAGAGAGAAGAACUACGGCUGCAAACGCGCCUCAGCCCCGCGGGGGGUCGUCACGCGGAGAGACGCCGGGCGGGUCGCGACGAGCGAGGAGAAGAUGGAGGCAGCGAUAAAGCGGGACAGAGGGCGGCUCCCGAGCUAGCGGUCGAGCGCCCGGCGUUGCUGCAGAAGGUAGGCAUGCGAGCCGAAGGCGUCUCUGUGGCUUCGCCUACUCAGCAGAGAGGAAACAGCUCGCUGUCUGAGAGGUGGCCGUCGGUUGUCGGCGGAGAGUCUGCGGAGAGCCAGACUCCUGGCGGCGGGCCGGUACAGGAUUCUCUUGCGACGCCUGCGCCUCCACUUGAGAGCGGUGUGAGAAGCGGAGAGGGCGAGACUGGGCAAAGCCGACGGGAGCCCCUGGCGAGGGAGGAGGAAGUGCACGGGGCGGAAGAAAAACUAACCGACGCAGGACGAAGGAAGCCCGAAGACGACCGGCGCAGCGGGGGGACGCGCGAAGGCGAGACGAACACAGGCGAGGCCGACACCGCCCCUGUGUCUCUUUGCAGGCUAUCACCGACACUCGGCGAACCGAGCGUGGCGCAGUCGCAUGAGCCUUGCUCUCAGUUCCCGCCACCCUCUUCCACGUUGGAGCAAGCUGCUCAAGCCGACGCGGUCGGCGACGACAAGAGGAAGAGGGCCGUCGAUGAGCUCGCGCGCCCAACAGAGAAUAAGGGUGGAGGCCUCUGCCAUAACAAGAGCGACCGCAGAGGACAGAGGCGCACGGUGUCGCUCUCAGGCCCCGUGCCGUGGGACCGGCGCGCUGCAAAAGGCUGCGCAUCGCUCUGGGGCUCCGACGCGCCCCGGAACUCUGCUGCGUCUUCCAGCGUCUCGACGAAGCCUCACAGAUGUGACUAUUUCUCGGACUACUCCCACCCCGCCCAGGACCGCCCCGCGGACCGUUGUUCGCGCUCGGCCUCUUCGCUGGGAUCCCCUUCGGCCUCCGCGCCGCUGCAGGGACACAAGCCUGCGCACCCGGAAUCUCCCUCGGUCUCCUCUCCUUCGCUCCUCGCAUCGUCGUCGCCGUCGCCUGCCGCGGGCGUCCGCUUCCCUCUCGCCAAAUGCGGAAAGCGCUUCGCAGAAGGGCCGCAGCCGCCUGCCUUGCCUCGCUCGGCGCCGCUCCAACGCCCGGCGUCUGCGGAGUCCCCUCUGCGGCCUGCGGUGCGCGCUGCGUCUGGCACAUUCUCGUCGCCUUCUUUCUUCCUCCGCGGUGCUUCCACGAAGUCCACGGAGUCCGAGAGCGCGCUCCAGAGAAAAAACGAAUCCGGGGAUGGAGAGGCUGCACCGCAGGAAAAGAGCGUGCGGGGGGCUGCGCAUGUGCUGCAGCCGCCCGAGGGCGCACACACGCAAGUGGAAACGACGAGGAAAGACGGCGCACAAGCCGAGCGGCUGCGACGGAUGCGGACGCUUGCAUGGGAAGACACAGACAACGCAACAGAGGACGCAGAGGAGGACGGGCGCCCGUUGCCCGGGGCGGUCUCUAUGCGGCGGAGGGAGGCGGGGGGAGGUGUCGCGAGGGAGGAAAACGAGGCGACGCAGAUUCCCCGGCCUAGAAGGCUCCAGCUCUCUGCGUGCGCCGAAGAACAGGGAGAAGACGUGCGACCCCCAAGUGACAUCGAGAACGAGGUGGAAGGAGGGAUAACGGCAACUGCAGCCGGGGCAAAGACAGACGAUGACGAAGCAGCGGGGAGAGGAGAGUUGGCGAAAGGAAGCGAAGGUGUAGUGACAGAGGAAGACGUGCGAAGGUGCCAGACCCAGGCUGAAGCACAGGGAGGCCGAACAACCCUGGACGCCCGCGACGGCGAAGUGCUGCAGCGAGAGCCCGUAGAAACCACAGAGGAAGCAGGGCUAGCAGGCGAAAGACACGAAGGGGGGCACGAAGAAGCCGUGCAACGUGGAGAGGACGAGAGCGUCGUACGAAAGAAUCGAACAACAAAUGCCCUUUUUGCGCAGACGCCGCAGCACUGUACUUCACCUACCUUGCCGAUGUCGGGGGCAAGCAGCAGCAGCGCCGAAAGAACGGCGAGCUUACACCAAGUUUUCACCAGUAAAUACACGUUUAACGAUGAGGACAGAGGAGGGCAGAUCCCAUUGGAAAGGCCACCGCUUUUCUCGUCGCGUCGCUCCUGUGCUUCGCCUCCGCUGGCACCCAAGCCCGUCGCUGCCGCCAGCACCUUCGCAUCGCUUGCCGGUCUCCCCACGCCCCAAGCGAGAAGCAAUGCGACGAACUCUGACGAGGAACGGCGCGGCGAGCACGAGGGGGGAAACCUGAAGGGACAGCUGCUGCGAGACAUGCACGCGACGCUGUUGAAGAAGCCGUUCAGGAGGGUCACAGAGGAAGAGGAGGGAGACAAAGAGCAAACUCGAGGCACACAGCCCGAGGAGGGCGCACGCAAUCUGCAAAGCAGGCAAGCCUGUGAAGGGGCUCAACCCGGAGACUUGAAGAAUAGAGACAACGCCCAAACUGAAACAGAUGCGUUGCCGGCUGCACGGCGCCCACAGAAAUCCUCGCGCAGGACACCUCCGCGAGCGCAUGCGGUUAAAGGGAGAGAGCGCGAGACAGAUAAAAGAAGAGAGGGAGAACAAGACGCCGAGGCGGCACAGAGUGUUUCAGUGGACGUUAAGCUCGCACGGGAGAAGAACCAAGUGUUGGAGGGCACCUCUCGCGAAGAAGAGGGCGAUUGGAUUCCGCAUGAGAGGACGCGUGCGAGGGAGGACAAGGAGACUGAGCGGCAUCGCAUUGCUCGGGCGAGAGAGAAUGAAUUCAACUGUGCUCUUUGUUUUCCCCUUUUUUCUUCAAUUCCUUCCGCGUUGGUCUCGCCUUUGCGUCGCUUUCAAUCCUCACCGUCUCUCCGCGGCUCUUCCUCUUCUCUCCCGUCGUCUCAUUCGUCUGUCCCCGCCUCUCUCGCUUCUUCCUUCUCGCCUCCUCCCUCUUUCGAGCCUUUCGCGCUUGCGUCGAGUUCCUCCUUUUCAGCCGAUCGCUGCGGGACAGCAGCUUCUUUGGCAGCCUCUCCGUCUGUCUCCCGUUCAGCUGCAUCGACUUCGCCUUCGUCCUCUGCAUGCGCACCUCUUUUUCGCCUUGGGUCGUCGCCGUUGCGCCGGCGGAUGGCGGAGGAACGCGUGAAUCCGACCGGCGGCUUGGAUGGAGAACGGAGUCGCAGGCUUACGUCCGCUCCACGGCCCUGCCUGGCGCCUCCCACGAAAAAGCGCACACGAGCAGAGCCUCAACAGGAGGGCUUUGAACGGGCAGGAGAAUCCAAAGAGAGAGACCGCGGCAGAGGCGGAUGGGCGCCAGGCUCUUUGGGAGGAGGGAAUGAACACACGGAGUUGGCACGUCUCGCGCGUGCGGAAGACAAAGUUCCGCGUCGGAGCUUGUUGCCGAGUGGAUUCGUCUCCUCUUCUCUCUGCCUGAGUCGUGGAGGAGAGAAAGUGGCUGACGCAAGCGCCUGCACUCGGCAGAGCGAGGGAGAGGGGAAGAAGAGUGCAGCGAAGUCGACUCAGCGCGAGCGAGAACCAACAGGGAAGCGAGGAGAGAAGCAAACAUGCGAAGAAAGACACAGACAAGUGGACGAAGGCGAAGCAGGCGCUGAGGAAGAAGGCCUUGAAGAGAGAGUCUGGAAAGGCGACGGAGAGGCCGAGGCGGAGGACGUAGAAACGCAGACGAGAUGCAGCCGAGGAGCGCCAGCAGAAGGCCAGGACGAAGAAGCGGAUGCACAUGCAGAUGGUGACCAGAAAGCAGAUGAAGAAGGGACCAUAUGCACAGCAGAAGGGCAGGAAGACGGCGGCUUGUUGUCGCAGAUGCCAUUUCGUCACCUUGCAGCAUCUCCCCGCUCGCCUGCCUUCGCGGUGUCUCCACCGCGCUCAUCAGCUCUGUCCAGCGCGCCUUCGGUUUCUUCAGCCCUUUUCGCGUCGCGCUGUCUUUCUUAUUUGUCGUCCUCUACUUCUUUUUUUCCGCCUCUUUUUCCUUCUUUCCGUUCUGCGCGUGCUUCUUCCCUGUCAUCUUCGCUCCCGUCUUCGCCUCGGCGUCCUUCUCACGAACCUGCGCGUCGAGCAUACUCGCCGCCUACCCCUCGUCUCGGCGCUUCGUCGUCGUCCAUCUCUUCACUUCUGCCAUCUUCCCCGUCCCUUGAUUCGCCUUUUUCUCGCCCCAGCCCUCUAAGUCGCCCAGCUUCACCUUCCGCCAGCUGUCUGUCUUCUUGCUCCCCUCCCGCUGCCCGUGACGUUGCUUCUUCGUCUCCUGACGCUUUCUCUUCUUCUCUUCUGCCAGCGUCCCUUGACGAUUCCGUUUGGCUUCCGCGAGUUCAGUGCAUGCGCGCAUCACCCUCAGCCGAUAGCCGAGAAGGCGCGCGACGAGCCCCAGCGACGAGCGGCAAGGAGGCGCGCGGCAUUGCGUCUUCGCAGCAGAAAGGCAGCGAAGUGCAUCAGAGGGGAGAAAAAGAAAACAACGCCGACUCCGCGUGCGACGCAUCAAGGUCAAAUGGCUGCUCGCCUUUACGUGCUGUCUCCGGCGCGACGAAGGAGGGCCCCGAAAGAGACAUUUGCUUUGCUUCCGAGUCCCUUCUAACCCAGAAGAAGCGCACAGCUGACGACAGAGGCCACACUUUGUCUUUGUUUGGGCAGAGACAAGCUACGGAGGAUUCAACAGAGGCAGGAGACGACGACGCUCUCCGCUUCGAUGCGGAUGAGGCGAUUCUCUCCCGCGAUGGCGGCAUCCACGAAUCUGGCGACGGCAACGACAAUGAUCCUACUUCUGGGUCAGCGCCGCCUGCUUCUCUCACCACAGAUACGCCCUCCGUGUCAACGUUGAAGAAAGAUGAGGCGAUCGCCCUUGCUAAUUCUGGCGAGGAAGUCGGACGGGGGGCGGGGUCAGGCCCCCAGGCACCCAGGGGCUAUCAGCGCGACGGAGAAAGAAAAGCGGCGCAGCCCGUCCUCGCCCCAGCUAUUCGACAUAACGCUGCGGUCGUGGGCGGCGCCCUCGGUGACGCUGGCGGCGCCCUCGGUGACGCUGGCGGCGCCCUCGGUGACGCAGGCGUCGCCGUCCAUUCCAGACGUGCCGCAGCUAGACAAGCCGCAUCUGGAGACCUUGCGCACGAUGCAUGCGCCCCGACGACUGCGGCGAGUGUGAGAAAGAAUUUGGAGACUGGCAGCGACUCGGGAACGCCGCUCCAAAGUGAGCCAGGACACAGCGGCCUCGGCGCCGACUCAGGCGCAUCUGCGUGCGCGCCAACGGGGGCAACUUUGGACUCUGAUUACCGUUUUUUGUGGGGGAAGAAAUCGACGAUCAAGGACGAUACAGUUUCCUGGAGAACUCCCAUACCGACAACUAGCCAUCCUCUCCAUCGAGGGUCAUCCAUCAGCCUUGGGGCCCACACCUGGAGACAGGCCGGUGCUGUGUCUUCUUCAGGCUCCGGUUGGGCUCCACCCGGCCCGGCCCCUGUCCGUCGAGCCCAAAUAGCGACCGCGAUCGGAGGCGAGCCGUCGGGCGCGGGGACGUUCUUGGGUUGCGCUGCGGCGCGGUCGGCGCGAGGUAAGGGGGGGGAUGAGGAGCAAAAGAAGAGGCCCGCGUUGCCUUUUGUAUUUUACAGGCAACACGUGGGCUUCCGCGAGGCCCGAGAUCACCUAUUGCGCCAUCCUCGAAGAGAUCGCCCAGUCAUCGUCAUCCCUGUCUCCUCAUCAGGCGCCUCUUCGCCCUCCCCGCUGUCUCCUUCCUGUCCUGUUUCUCUGCUUGCUGAGCCUUGCCCUUGGUCCACCCUGUCCGCGCCUUUGUCACCCUCGCGUCGGUCUUCACUGGCUCCCUCGCCGCUCCCCUCGUCACCGGUUCUGUCUCACUCUUCAUACUUGGCGUCUUCGGCUCCAGUGCGCAUGCUGCGCGGCAGCGACAGCGACCCCCUGGUUUCCGCCUCAUCAGGGCCGGAAGAGAAGCGUCCUUUAUCCCACGGAGGCGCCGACGCGCUGCAGCAUCAUGGCAGUUGGUGCCGUCCCCUCCCGGCAGCUGCUUCGUUUUGCAGCCCUCUUGCUUCUUCACCUCCGUCGGUCCACUCUUCUCUCGCACCCGCCGUCUCUCCUCCUGCCGCCUCCUGUCCUUCGCGAGACUCGGCUGUCCAGCACCCGAGGUUUUCCUCUGUGUCUCCCUCCCCACCUUCGAGCGUGGCUUCCUCCCGUCGCUCAGAUGUGCUCACGUGCUGGAAUUGCGGCGCUGAAGGCCGCGGCGUGCUGGCCCUGUACUUCGCAGGUGCGUUCCAGUUGCUCUCGCUGCCGAGCAAGCCCUCGCAGGCCGCCGCGCCCUCGGAGUACUUCCUCUCUCUGGCGCCGCACUGCCCGCUGUCUCUGAGCCCAGACGCCGCGUUCCGGCUGGGUCGUCGCCUCGAGUUCGCUGUCCUUCGCUUUUGCGUGGGCGUCAAGAGCGCGCGCGGGUGUCGCCGCACGAUGGAGGACGCCGAACUCGUUGUGCAGGAUCUGCGCGUGAGUUCAGCCUUCUCAUGCUCGUUUUUCGGCGUCUACGACGGGCAUGGCGGGCGCGACUGCGCCGAGUUCGUGAAACGCCACUUACACCUCACCUUCCGCCAGCAGCUCCUGCAGCUCUGCGGUCAACUCGAGCUCUCGCCCUGCGUCAACUUCCACAUCUUCCAGGCGCUCUACUUCGCCUUCCUCCUCACCGAUGCCGCCUACCUCAAGCGCCAGCGGGACGCUCGCGCCCACGCCGACGCUGUACGAGCUGCUCCCCCGUCCAUCGCGGCCUCUCGGGCGCGUUUCGAGGGAUCGCCGCAUGCUGCAAGGGCUGCGGAUGAUGGUUUAGGGCUUUUGACUCCGCCCCCGCCUCCACGCGGAGACUUACUCGGCGAGACUGGCCGCUGCGCCCACGUGGACGCGGAGUCGCAUGCAGAGCCCGCAGUUGCCUUGGAGGCGGCGACGUCGGCGUCGCCGCAUCCAACGGCUGCGAAGACUGCGACUGCGUCGGCGCCUGGGGCGCGCGCGUCCGACGGCCCUCGAGGCCCGGCUUACCCGCCUUUGUCGCUGGGUGGCGGGAGUCGACCGCAAGCGCGGCCGGUUCACGACGAGCUACCAGCUUCUCGGCUCGCAAAGGGGGGCUCCGCGUCUGGCUGCGCGUCGGUAGUAGUAGUUGUCGUCGGCGGCGCCGUUUGGUGUGCGAACUGCGGCGAUGCGAGGGCCGUCCUGGCCUGCGGCGGAAGAGCCGUUGACCUGUCCUCCGACCAUAAGCCGACGCGGAGAGACGAGCUGAACCGAAUCAUCCGCGCUGGAGGGUUCGUGCGCGGCAGGCGAGUCCUCGGCCGCCUCGCCGUCAGCCGCGCCUUCGGAGACAUCGAGUACAAGGGGAGUUUAUACGAAGAACUGGAAGACGAAGACGCGUGUGCAGCUGGUGGAGAGGACUCGGAGGGCAGGGAGAGGGAGGAACGGCGCGGAGAGGAGAAGGCGUGCGGAGAAGAGAAGGCGCCAACGGCGAGGCCAGCAGAGGAGGGAAAGAAAAAUAGUAAAGUGCACGGGUGCAGAGGCAUCUGUAGUUUCGAGAAUCCGACAAGACAGACGGCGCACGGGAGAUUCGAAGAAGGCAAGCAGCUGUACGUUGGACGCAGGCACGGCCAGGGGGAUGUUUUCUUCUGUUCUGCAUUUUCUUCUUUGCCUGCGGCGCCCUCGUGUAGCGCCUCGACGGACGGCGCCGAGGCGAGACGCGACAGGUGGGCGGGUGUGGGAACAGACGGAGAGGCGAUGAAGAAGGGCGGGUCGCAAGAGUCGUUUCCGAAGGCGACACUCUCCGAGAAGAGAAGAAAGAUCUACAGAGAGCCGCUGGUGAUUGCCGUUCCCGAGAUCCGUCUCCACAUUCUCUCGCCGAGCGACGAUUUUCUUCUCCUUGCAUGCGACGGCCUCUUCGACGUGUUUUCGAGUCAAGAGGCCGUCGCCUUCAUAUACUCGAGGUUGAGCGCGAUGCCGCCGUAUGAACAGGAUCCCCAGAAAGCCGUCGACGAGCUCGUCGCGGCGGCGAUCGAGGAGAGGAACACGCGGGACAACGUGACGGCGAUCCUCGUCGUCUUCAACCCCAUUGUCACAGCGCGCAGCUGA